CUAAUAAUAAGGUGUAUCAAAAUCUAAAACAAUUAUGUUUAUAAUUUAGUUUCUAUGUAAAGAAAGUUUUUCCCCAAAAAAAAAUCAAUUAUGGAAAUAUUUAACCGGAACAGUAAAGUGUCUUGUCGGGUAGUAAACCCCAUCCCUGUUUCCACUUUCCGUUGUCUUCUCUUCCCCAUCCCUCUCUCUGAAAUCUUAACCUAAUCAAAAUCGACGAUGAUACGAGAAAAGCGUGAGAGAGACAGAUAGACCAAAAAUAUCUCCAAAAUAUCCAAAAUUGACUAUAAAAUUGCCAACUUGGAUCUGUCUUCUACACUCACCCCGAUCUCCGCCAACAAUUUUGCUUCAGUGUCACUACCACUCGCUAGCUUCACUCUCCAUGCAAUUUUCCUACCGUUGAAUUCUCUCACUUCUUCAGAGUUUUGAAGUGGUUUGCUUGCUUGAGGUUGUUGUAAUUUAUCGAACAUGGAUAAAGUUUCAUCAGACUGUCCAUACCCAGGAUGCUUCUUUUGUGUCAUGAAGGAAGCGAAUCCAAGCAAACGCAGAGCAAGCGUACUGAAGUUCUUUAGAGAGCUUCCGUGUCAAGAUGAUGAUGGUCAGGUUCUUCCUAUCAGUGGCCUUUGGAACACAGCAAUGGCACAUCCGAAUGACCCUGAAUUCAUAGAGCUGGGAAUAUUUGAAUGCAUGUCUGCUCUCAUAUGGAAAGGGCUGAAGAAUCGACGCUGGCUUUCUCAUGACCAAAAUAUAUACAUUCCUUAUUAUGCAGCUCAUAUCAUUGGUUCCUACACAAUGAAUAUGGAAGAAUUUGCUGAAAGUGCUGUGCAUGCUGGUGUUAUUCCUCCUUUAGUUGAGCUUCUAAGAGGUAGAUUGACUUGGGUUGAGCAGAGGGUAGCAGUUAGAGCUUUGGGACAUUUAGCUACAUAUGCCAGCACUUUUCCCACUGUAGCAAGUCAUGGUGAAAUUCUCGAGCUUUCCAUCCAAUUGGCGAUGAGUUCCUUGGAAAUAGUUUAUUCUCACUUUUACCAAUAUGUUGAUAGAAGACUAAGUUAUCACUGUGAUCUGCUUACACGUGGAAUGGGCGGUGUUGAAAUGGAGUCUAGGAAGGCUGAGGAAUGGGCUAGCCAGUUGCAAUGUUGGUCCCUUCAGCUCAUUAAUUGCUUCGCUUUUAAACCGGAAUUUCUUCCUACCAUAUGCAAGCAAGAAUUUCUAACGAAACUACCCGGCAUGUGGGGUGGACUUGUUAAUGAAAAUUCACCGGCUGGUAUUGGCUUAUUAAGAACAAUUUGUCAUCAAAAGCUUGGUAGGGGACCUGUUGCCAGUUGCCCUGGAAUUAUCGAAGCAUUGUGUAAUAUUGCUAGGUCUUCAGAUGAUUGGCAGUAUAUGGCUAUUGAUUGUCUUCUAUGGUUGCUUCAAGAUCCGAAUACAUGUCACAAGGUGAUUGAUAAAGUAGUGCCUGCAUUAGUAGACCUUGCGGAGAUUACAACUCUAGGCGAUCAUAAAAAGCUUGGUGAUUCCAUUGUCAAUGUUCUUCAAGAUUGCAUCGAGUCACAAGGGUCAGGAAGAAGCUCAAUUAGUAGUCGCACUAAAGAGCAGAUAGAGGAUCUAUUAAGUUCGAAGCAGAGAUUAAAAUGGGAAAAGAAUAUGCCCAAGGAAGAUCUACAUAUUAAGCAGGCUGCAGCACUGGUUGUCAAGCUUGAAGGAAAUUCCCUGUUCUCCUCUGGAAAUAUUUCUGGUGCUGCAUCAAAGUACUCAGAAGCGUUGGCGCUGUGUCCUAUGAGAUCCAAGAAGGAGAGAGUUGUUCUCUAUAGUAAUCGUGCUCAAUGUUAUCUUUUGCUGCAACAACCUUUGGCUGCCAUAAGUGAUGCUACCCGUGCAUUAUGUCUCCAUAGACCUGUCAACCGUCAUGCCAAAAGUCUGUGGAGGCGAGCACAAGCUUAUGACAUGCUAGGGUUAGCAAAAGAAAGUUUAUUGGACGCUAUUCUAUUUAUAAAUGAGUGCUCCCAGUCAAAUGAUCCUGAUCUCUCACUGAGGCAAAAUAAAGUUCCGGAUUAUGCUGAGCGAUUAGUUAAAAAGCAGAUGCGUGCAGCUUGGUUAUUCCGAGAGGCAGCUAUUAAGCAUGGCGGCGUCCAUAAUCAGGGUGAUGGUGGUGAUAUAUAUGGCCCAGAGACUGAUGACUCUGAAUGGGAAACAGCUAGUGAAAGUGAUAUGGGAAAUGAUGGAAUUGGCGAUGAUGACGAUGGUGAUUGGAAUAACGACGACGAAAGGAAAGAUUAAGACAAACCUACAAUAAAAGGCAUAAAGCAUGUACAAAACGUGCAACUUGUGGAAGAAGAACCUUGACUCGACAUGCAUGAAUGAACCUUGAAUCGACAUGCAUGUUCUUCUGCAUGAAUGAAGCAGAGUUGGCUCCUGUGACUGUUCCAACUCUACAUUCUGUAAGAUUAAAAGAAAAAAUUUCUCAGUCGUUUAUUGUAAGUGGUGAGUUGAAAGUGACUACAGUUUUUGGUCUUCAUGUUUGUGGUUGAGAUUUAAUUUAUAUGAAGCUUUCCAUAUUCCAUGUUUGUUCUCCUCAUAUAUCUGUAAGUGUAAAAAAUUGCAUAUUGUAAGUUUGGAGAACUACAUGUCAUUUGGAGGAUGUGAAGUUUAGUUUUUUGUAUUUUUGUGCGGUUUGUGUAUAUAAACCUUGUGCUUAAAUUAUCCUGAAUUCUUUAUUUUGAUUAA